CCCAGGGACCAUGACACUAAGAAAAAUGCAACAUAUUGGAAAUCGUGAAUACUUUUGCUCGGGUGAAAAGGUGUGUUUAGCCACUAAGAAGCGUCAGUGGCAGGUUGGUUGGAAAGCAUGUAGGACACUGGCCCUCGAGGACAAAGAGACUCUCACACAACAUGUUUCCUGCAGAUGUUGGUUUGGGUGGUGGUCCUCCAGGUUCUGAUGCUCCUACAGACCCGUUCUGCAGAGAACCGGCUGCAUUCCUUCACUCUGAGAUUAACCGCCCUCACACCAGUCAAGGUCCAGUUUGAGUGAGAGUCAUGGGCUCUCCCUGUGACCUUCUGCCACCCACCGCUCCAUCCUGGUUCUCACAAUGAUCCGGUGAAGGGGACGAUGGGAGAGUGGGAGGACACCAUCAAUCCUCAUAAGCACGCUACCAGUCAUCCGGCACUGCUCGCAGAUUUACGGGCCGGCGUCCAGGUCACUCCUCUGUCUUCUUUGGGCUGUCGAGACCUCAACUCCCUAUGCUCUGUCAGCUGUCUUAGAAGGGGGCGGAGCCUCACAAACCCGUAUAAUCUAACUGCUGUUCAAUAUGAACUGCAGCUCAAACAGGACGGCGGUCAGGACGGAGGCCGAGUCUACAGAGUUCCAGGACGAACGGCAGAAGCGCCACCAGCUCCUGGAGCGAGGUCACUUCCAGAUAUCUGGACCGCCCCAGCCUUCAUGACUGUCCCACACUGUUCUCUCAGUCAACCCCCCAGGACUCUUAGACCCUCCUCCAGCUGUCCUCUGCAAGAGCUCAGCUGUGCUGUCCCUCCUCACUGCUCUGAAAGCUGAGGAGGAACGUCAGACCUGCUGUUGUCUGGAGGGGGGGGCGUCUCCUGGUCCUCCAGAUCCUUCACGUCUGCACGGAUCCGUAGUGUUUGGGAGGCAGAAGACGUCACCAACCAGAUGAGAGAGUGGAGCGAGGCCGACAUGAGCUUCUCAGCAGGAGGAGUCCUCUCCAGCUCGGACAGUUACUGCUCCUCGGAGCAGCUCCAGUACUACGAUCUGCUAGCCGAUCCGCUUGGCUGUCCCCUGCAGGACCCGGACCUCCAGCUGCUCCCGUUCAGCCAGCAGCAGCACCUCCCUGCAAACCUGCCCCUUUCCUUGUACAGCGCUCCGCCCUCCUCCACCUCCUCCCAGCUCUGCCACCCUUCAUACCAGUGUGGCGCCGUCUGUCUGGAGGGGCCCUGCCAGCCAGGCCCGGAUCCCCUCUGCGGGGGCCCGGUUCAGGGCUGUGGAUCCGUGGAGCUGCCCCUUGGGCGGAGGUCCCGCCUGGGAAUAGGGGGCAAGAGCAGAGGCCAGGAUGAGCUGUGUGUGGUUUGUGGGGACAAAGCGUCGGGGUAUCACUACAACGCCCUCACCUGUGAGGGCUGUAAAGGUUUCUUCCGGCGCAGUGUGACCAAAAAGGCAGUGUACCGCUGUAAGAGUGGCGGCAGCUGUGAGAUGGACAUGUACAUGAGGAGGAAGUGCCAGGACUGCCGGCUCCGGAAGUGCCGCGCGGUGGGAAUGCUGGCGGAGUGCCUCCUUACGGAAGUGCAGUGCCAGUCCAAGCGCCUGAGGAAGGGGAUGAAGGAUCGAGGACUGGAGGAAGACGACAGCACAGGAACCAGGAGCCUGACACCCACCGCCAGACUACCUGGACAGGUAAAACCACAUGUGGGCUGCCGUCCUGCUGGAAGCCAUACCCACACAGAUCUUCUUGAAGUUAGGGGUGGAGUUUUGGCAUCUGUGCCAAUAACACAGGCUCCGCCCACCAGCCUGAGCAGAGAGCAGAGGUAUUUGGUGGACAGGAUGGUGGAGGCGCAGCGCUCCUGCAAGGAUCAGGGAGGCAGCAGCUGGAUGAUUUCUGAGUGGGCGUGGUCAGAGAACGGGGGGGGCCUGCCUGCUGCGGUGUCGCCACAACUACAAAAGCUGCUGCAGUUUGCCAGGACGGUGCCAGGCUUUGACCUCCUGGAUUUCUCGGAGCAGCACGCUCUUUUGUCCGCUUCCUGGCUGGAGGUGGUGUUUCUGCUGUCAGCGCAGCAGUUCUCCCUCAACCCGUUAAGCCCCAGUCCAGCUCUGCAGCUCUUCAGCGUGUCGGCACAGAGCUGGUUCAGACACGCAGAGGUGAAGGACCACAUGGUGGGGAGGGUGCUGAUGUCCUCAGGAAGCAGUGAGGAUCUCCUCCGCCCAGUGCUUGGCUUCCUGCGUAGCAUGGCGGCGCUGCAGGUCACGGAGGCGGAGUACGCACUGCUCACCGCCACAGCGCUGCUAUGCUCAGACCGAGCGUCUCUGCGGGCGGCCGGUCGUGUGGAGAAGAUGCAGGAGCUGAUCCUGGACCUGCUGUCCAGGCUGUGUGGGGGCCAGGCCCAGGGGGGGCCGCAGCGCUUCGGCCGCCUGCUGGGCCGGCUGACGGAGCUGCAGACUCUUCAUCACAACUACCUCAUUCUGAUAAGAGGCCAACACGGAUGAGGAUCAGACCAAGGGAUUCCUGAAAUGACCUUUGACCUUACAAGCACUAAAGUCAAAACAAAUCUCCACUGAAUUUAAAAAAUCUUUUUUAUAUUUUUAGUUCCUGUAAACAAACUUUCAGCACUUUUACUGAUUUUUCCCAAAUAAAGUGAUAAAAUCCAGUUAUUCAUCCCACUAAU